AUGCAGGGCUUCAACAUGGGGCGGUACGUCCCGCCGGACGUCGAGGGCACGACGUCGGGCAACCGGCUGCACAAGAAGCACGCGCUGGGCGGGCGGGCGUCCAAGCUGGCGUCGCAGGGGGUGCUGACGGUGCGCUUCGAGAUGCCGUUCGCCGUGUGGUGCGGGACGUGCCCCAAGCCGACCAUCAUCGGGCAGGGGGUGCGGUUCAACGCCGAGAAGAAGCGCGUGGGCGCCUACCACAGCACGCCCAUCUUCAGCUUCCGCAUGCGCCACGCCGAGUGCGGCGGCGCCCUCGAGAUCCGCACUGACCCGCAGAACACGGCCUACGUCGUCACCGAGGGCGGGCGGCGGCGCGAGGACCGCGGCACCGGCGACGACGAUGAGAGCGAAGGCGCCGGCCGGCAGCCGCCGAUCCUGACGGACAAGGAGAGGGAGGCACUGCGCGGCAACGCCUUCGCCAAGCUCGAGAAGACGAUCGAGGACCGCGAGCAGCUGGUCGCCGCCAAAGCGCGCAUCGAGGAGAUCCAUGACGCCAACAGCCGGACCUGGGAGGACCCCUACGACCUCAACCGGCGGCUGCGGCGGGAGUUCCGGGUGGGCAGGCACCAGAGGGAGAAGGAGGGUAAGGAGACGGAGGAGCUGAGGGACCGGAUGAGCCUGGGCAUCGACUUGGUACCGGGGACAGAGGAGGACGCGAGGAGGGCGAAGCUCGUGGAUUUCGGGUCACUCGACGGCCGGGAGGUGGGCGACAAGGCGUUGGCAAAACCGCUAUUCGAGAGGAAGACGUCGAAGUUGCCCACCCCAGUGCCCAAUGGGAACAAGCGGCUCAAAUCCGAGAUUGCGGCCUCGCAGAUGAGAGAGAGCCUGGUGUCCGAGAUUGUCGGUAAUACCCGUGCGACUCAGGACCCGUUCCUAAUAACAGGCCGGGCUGCAACUACUGCAAAGACUCCCGUCAGAAUGCCAGGGAUAAAACGGAAGCGGGACGAGCAAGAGGGAGGAGCAGCGCUGGAGGAUACGAGCAAGGAGGGGCAGUCGAACGGGGCAACAGGCACCGCAUCCAUGGCGUUGGUGGGUUAUAGCUCGGACUCGGAAUCGUCUUGA